GGCUGAAACAAACGGCCCCUAAAUCUUUGUUUUCAACCCGGCCCGUUUUCUACCCACCUCCACCCAAUCGCCUUUAAAAUCCGGCUGCCCAAUCGCCUUUAAAAUCCGGCUGCCCAAUCGCCUUCAACAUCUGAUCUCCGGCAAACCCGGAAGCGAAGAGCUCUCAAUCCCGGCGAGAAAUGGCCGAAUCCAUGUCGAAGGAGGAGAUACUGGACGCGCCGCUCCACACAAUAGGCUUCGAGAUCGGCGACCUGUCGCCGGAGAAAGUCACGGGGCGGCUGCGGGUUACGCAGAGGUGCUGCCAGCCGUUCAAGGUGCUGCACGGCGGCGUAUCGGCGCUGAUAGCGGAGGCGCUGGCGAGCAUCGGCGCGCACAUGGCGUCCGGGUUCCGGCGUGUGGCCGGAGUCCACCUUAGCAUCCACCAUCUCAGGCCGGCCCGCCUCGGCGACCUGGUCGUCGCCGAGGCCACGCCGGUGAACGUCGGGAGGACAAUUCAGGUCUGGGAAGUGAAGAUUUGGAAGAUUACGGAGGAAGAGGAGAGAGUUCUGGUCUCGUCUUCCAGGGUGACUGUACUGGCGAACUUGCCGGUGCCGGAAAACGCCAUGGAUGCUUCGAAGAACCUCAAGAAGUAUGCCAGAUUAUAAAAAGCUGUUGGGUAAUAGAGACAGGUCCGGUUUGGGUGACUCAAAUAGAGUGAAACUUAUCCAAGAAAAGAAAAUAGUGGCACAUGUUUUGGUAUGGUUAAACAAAUUGGAUUAUAUUGUGUUCACAAAGUCAUGGUUUAGUAACACUUUUCUGUUCCAUUUUAGUGUUUUAAAAAAGUUAUUAAUUGUAAUGUUUAAUUUUAUUGUCUUUUUAAGGUUAAUAUGCAUGUUUAAUGAAUAAUCUAAAAUGAU